UGGAAAUGUCAACAGGGGGAAUGUUUGCCGACUCAGAUUUCUGUGACUCACCACUGUUGUUAUACUCUGCCACAGGUGACAGAUAACUUUGAUCGUCAGGACUUCAACAAAAUGUGCUGGACAUUGUGCUCCAGGAAAAACCUGGAUCUGAACCAGCUGUACAUCUCCAACAACGACGCUUUCAAGAUCUGGUGCAUCUUCAACUUCCUGUCUGAGGACAGAUACCCACUGAUCAUCGUCACCGAGGAGAUUGAGUACUUCUUGCAUAAGCUGACUGAGGCGAUCGGGGGCAGCUGGGUGGAGGAACGUUUCGAGGACUACAAGCUGCAGCUGAACUCAAACCAGGAGAGUCUGAAAGCCUGGCAGCUCAUCAGCCUGGUAGGGUCGGGUCACUUCAGUAAGGGCAUGGACCGCCAAACGCUCUCCAUGGGCAUCACUGAUGUCUACCAGGAGCUCAUCCUGGACGUGCUCAAACAGGGCUACAUGAUGAAGAAAGGUCACAAGAGGAAGAACUGGACGGAGCGCUGGUUCGUGCUGAAGCCAAACUCCAUCUCCUACUAUGUCGGUGAGGACCUGGCCGAACUGAAAGGAGAAAUCUUACUGGAUGGAAACUGCGGUGUGGAGCCUCUGCAAGAUAAAGAGGGAAAGAAGUGUCUCUUCCUCAUCAAGUCGUCGCAAAAAAGUUUUGAAAUCAGUGUGUCGGACAAGAAGAAGAAGCAGGAAUGGAUCCAGGCCAUUCAGACCUGUGUGAGCCUGCUGCGUCAGGGCCGGCCGGCGCCGCACCGCGAGGCUCGACAGAAGCGGCGUGAGCUGCGACUGAAGCAGCAGGCUGAACAGGAGGACCUGGAGCUGAGGAUGAGGGAACUGCAGACGGCCAAUGAGGCUAAACAGCUGGAACUUGAGAACAUGAGGAAGGCUCUGGAGGAGGCGGCAGCUGAUGCAGCAGCAGAAGAACGAAGGCGUCUUCAGACCCAAACUGAACUCCAGGACCGCUACAGGAUGGACCUGGAGAGAGAGAAAAUGGUACGGCAGCAGGUAGAGGAGCAGGUGGCACAGAAGUCCACUGAGCUGGAGCAGUACCUGCAGAGGGUUCGGGAGCUGGAGCACAUGUACAGUCAACUUGAGGACGCUCUGGAGGACGAGAGGCGUGCUAGACAGGACGAGGAGGUCGUCCGCAAGCUGCAGGCACGGUUGCUGGAGGAGGAGGCCACAAAGAGGGCAGAGUUGGAGGAGUUCCACCUGCGGCAGCAGCGCGCCAUCUCAGAGACAGAGGCUGAGAAACAGGAGCUGGAGAGGGAACGUCUGGCCAAGGAGAGUGCCCUGCAGGCAGCAAUGGAACAACUGGACCAGCUGGAGAUAGAGAGGCAGGGGGCGCUGGAGCAGUACCAGACGGUCAUGAAGAAGCUGGAAGACGCAACCAACAACACCAAGACCUGGAAGCACAAGGUGGCUGAACACGAGGGCUUGUUAAGGCUCAUUCAACCAGGUUCCAAGGGACAGCAGCGGAUCACCAACUGGGGCCCAGCAGCCUUUUCUGAUGCAGAGCUCAGUCUAAGAGAGAAGAAGUGGCAGGAGACGAAGAACCAGACGACCCAGGCCCAGUAGAGCAUUGAACCUUAAACAUGUCUACAAGUCAGAAGGGAAGCUGGAAUAUACUGCUGGUAACUGGGUUUUCAGUGGCAUAAUUGCUCAGUACGAGCAAGUCUCUGUCAUUGUUAGUCACCAUAGAUUAAAGUAGACUCAAUUCACAUUUUAAGUUCACUAAUUCUAGCAGGCAGCCAACAAAAAUACUAAGUGCUGACGUGAUAACACCAGGAAAAAUAGCUUUGCUGUUAAGAUGUGUGUCUUCCUUUGUUGCUAAAUAUAUUGACUGCUAUGCCUUGCUACUUGGUGUUGUAUAACUAAGCAGCUAAAAAUGUAGAUUGGUGAUGUGUUUAAAGGGAGUUUUUUUCCCAAAACUGUGUACAGUAUGUAAAAUAAGUUGUAAAGGCAGCAGAGCUCACUUGGCAAGGUUGGGUCAACCCUAACAACCACCAUAGGUAGAGUAUAUUACAGAGAGUUUAGGUUACAGAGCAGGAAAAUACAUUUAAACAGUGCCUUGGCCUUCUUUAGUUUUCAGUGGCUUAGCAUUGAUCCAAUAUUCACCUACUGUGCUAGCAGAUUGAAUGACACACCAGCCCUGAUAUUACAAUAAAGUGUACAGCGAUAUUGUAUAUCAUCAUGUAUCACUGUACACACAACAUCUAUUGCAUGUUGUUUCUUCCAUUUUUUCCCCCCUGUUAAAAAGGGAGUUUUUCCAUUAUCCGAAUUGAGGGUUUAAGGACGGGGGGGCCAGAAGCCCCUUGAGGCAAAUCUUGAUUUGCGAUAUAUGGAUGUAUAAAUAAAACUGACUUGACUACAGCAGCUGGCCAAAUUUUAAAAGACAACUCCAUCUACUUAGACCUUCGGGUCUUCUGUAGGACCAAUGGGCAGCUCACUAUAGAAGCUAUAAGUCCCUUUUUUACAACGCUGUUAGUACUUCACGGCCUAUGAACAGUGGACACUCACAUGCUGUAUAGAAUAGCUGACCAAGGCAUAAGAUGUGCAGCUUAUUAAGUCUUGUAAAAUACCUUUUAUCUUUUUCUUCCACUUUGUCCUGUCUUAACAAUAAAUGCACUACUUUUGACUAGAGUCUAAUCAGUCCAACGCAAACUGCUUGACCAUGUUUUAGAUUCACGCUGUUAUAAUGUUAAGAGAUCGUGAACCACACCUACCAAGUUGUAAGAUCUACUACUCUCUUUCAUGUGACUAUUUUACUCUUAACCCUUUGGGACCAUUUUUACAUGUUUGAAAAAAAAAAAACACAUUUUAACAAUGUUUUGUCAGAGUUUUUGUUUUCCGUAAAGUUAAGCACUUGAGGAUGACAUGUUUAAUGUAAAGUCAAUUAUCUUUAAACAAAGUUGUCGUCUAAUAUAACACCAUACCAUGUACAAUUUACUAAAUCUUUUAUUGUUUUUAUCAAAAUGCUUUUUUCUCUGGUUUGUCUGCCCUAGGUUUAUACCUGUUUAAGGAACUGGCUUAAACAUUUCCUGCUUGUGAAUGCUGUCAGAAAUAGGGCAUUUUGCUAAAGUCUCACUCCAAACAGGAAUGCUAUCUGCAGAACAUUUGUACUGUGUUGUUGUACUGUCACAAUCAGUGCCUUUGAUGCCGUCAUGAGUCCUGAACUUGGUGUUUUAUAUAUAUAUAUGUACCGUAUGUAAAAAGCUGAAGACUGAAUUAUGUAAUAAACAUGCUGAACAAGUGGCUAACUAUA